AGAUUGGGCGGUGAAAGUAAGGGCGUCUCUCUCAUUACAGUCUUCAUAUCAAGGCCAAAGUUGCGCCUAUCAAGUGAUUAAGGAUUCCGCCACUUUGUUGAGCCUGGCUCAAUAGGAGUGGAACGAAGGAUUCUCCUUGAUCAGCAUGGCUCGAAGUUCGGAAAAGGCCAUGACGCAAUUGGCGCGUUGGCGCAAUGCGAAAAUGGCCGAAGAAGGCAUGCCUCAAAAAACCGACCGCCGCCCAUAUUUGGCUUCAGAAUGCAGUAAUCUCAAAGAUUGCGAGAAAUGGAGGCUUCAGAUCAUUCGGGAAAUCUCGAAGAAGGUCUCUCAAAUCCAGAAUGCGGGUUUGGGCGAGUUUCGGAUUCGGGAUUUAAACGAUGAGAUCAAUAAGUUACUUCGAGAAAAAGUCCACUGGGAGAGGCGGAUUGUCGAAUUGGGUGGACGUGACAUGCGUCGAAAAUCCCGCAUGUUGGAUAAUGAAGGCAAAGAAGUGGCCGGUAGCUCGGGUUAUAAGUAUUUUGGCGCCGCCCGAGAAUUACCCGGAGUUCGAGAACUCUUUGAUGCCCAGCCCGCACCCGCGCCUCAACGAAGUCGGGCCGAGCUGAUGAAGGAUAUUGAUUCCAAGUACUAUGGCUUCUUAGACGACGAUGACUGUCGUCUGAUUCCGUUGGAAAUCAUUGCCGAGCAAAAGGCCGUGGCCAAGGCCGUAGAGGAGUGGAAAGCCAAGAAGGCCAACGGUGAGAAAGUCGUGGAGGAGGACGAAGAAGAGGAUAUCUAUCUUUCGCUACCAGAAAUGAGUGAACAGGAUCGCUUAGAAGAGGCCAUGCAAGCCGGAAAAGAGCAACGCUGGACUGCCCAUGUUCCCAUCCCAUCCCAAAAAGAUAUCGAAGAAGCGCUUCUCAGGCGUAAGAAACAGGAGUUAUUACAAAUGUACGCGCUAGACGAUGAUGUGGAGGAUGACAAGAAAUAAGACUGUGUAUGCCCUAAAAGGAG